GUUCUGCAGUCUGAUGGAGCUCCGGCUGCAGCCGCUCCCCGCUCUGCGUCUGCGUCACCGCCGCACAUGAGGACUGAAUCCCUGCGGCGCAGAUGACCAAUCCCACGCAGCUGCAGUGAUUUCCGUUUUAGGAAAAGCGGAUUUUAACUUUAGAAGAAGUUUGGGCUUCAGUUGUUGCUCCUGCGUGAGGGGAAAUGAUCCUGGAGGAAGUGGAACUGGAAAGAAACUCUCCGUGGAGAUCAUUCUUCAUGCAGCUGACGCGAUGGGGAACCAUGGAGACGCCUUGGAACAGUUUUGUAGGAUCAAAUGUUUGAUGAAAUGAUCUCGUCCUCCUCAUUGAUGGAGCGCGCGCCCCUUCUGGCAUGGGUCGUGCUUAUCCUGAUCCUCGGGGUCUGCUUCGGGUCCCCGAACCCCAACCACCGUCUGGUUUGUUGGAAAGCCAUCUUCAAGUGUCACGCGGAGCCGGAGUGCCAUUACGCGUACGACCAGUACCUUUACGCGUGCGCGUCCGUGCUCAGCGGUGAGCGGAGGAAGUGUCCCAGCCACUGCAUCUCCUCCCUGAUCCAACUCAAUCUGACCCGGAGCGGCCCGGCUCUGGAGGACUGCGACUGCGCCGCGGACCCGCGCUGCAGGAGCACCAAGCAGGCCAUCGAGCCGUGCGUGCCGCGGACCAGCACCAUGGGCUGCACGGAGGCCCGGCUGCAGUGCGGGCUGGACCCGGCCUGCAGCUCUGCCAUGAAGGAUUACCUGUUCCACUGCCGGAAGCUGUUCGGGGGGCAGAUGUGCACGGAGAGCUGCCGCAGGACCAUAGCGGACAUGCACUCCAUCCCCAAAGCGCAACAGCUGGACACGUGCGUGUGCGACGGCGCAGAGAGGAACAUCUGCGAGUACAUCAAAGUGAGCAUGAGGACUUUAUGCUUCGGAGAGGGCAGCGGGUUUGCCGACUCUGAGGAGGAUGCAGAGGACGUUUAUUUCGACCCGGGGGAUUAUCCAAAUGUGGAAAACGCGUGCGCUUCUGCGCCUUUUCUGACGCUCUUUCACACCCUGACAAUCAUUGUUGCUUCCAAAGGCAUCUAAAAGUUUUUCCUCACAUUGCUUGACUCUAAAUGUUUUCUAAAGUUAUUCUUUGAGGAGAGUUUUUCUGUCUUUUUACACCUAAAAGUGCCUAUAAGCUCUUUAGUCCAAUGAAAAGAACCAAAGUUGACGACCCCUGCAGAUCUGUGAAAAAAGCUCUUAAAAGUGUGACACUUGUUCUUUGAUGAAUGUCAGAAGGAAUAAAAUGUUGGUUCCUUCCUCUUUAA